GGGGCAGAGCUUGAAAUCACUGAGACAGUGAUCCGGCCUGUCUGUCGCGCACAGCCAUGGAGCUCCGGGAGACUUUGGAAAUCUAUAAAGAAAUCGUGUUAUCUUAUUUAUCUGAUGCCAGAAGCUUUGUUAAUGGGAGAUGUAAAGACAUUGAAUCUUUUUCGCUUAUUGCCGUGACUGUUGGAUCUACUCUGCUGCUAGUAUGGCUUUACAAUUUUAUUUUUCAGCCUGAGAGUCUGAUCUCCAGGGGUAAAAAGCAGUUUUUCAGAUUAGUACGGAGGUUACCUUUUAUCGGUACAAAGAUACAGGAGCAGCUGAAUAAAGCUUUGAAUGACAUGUCUGAAAAAAUGGGGACGCUAAAGGACGGCGUGAGUUAUGUAACUGCGCUGCCACACACUGGCUUAAAGCAAGAUGAUGUGAUGAAGGAACUGAAGCAGUAUUCGUCAAUUGGACAUGUGUCAUGGGAGAAUGGAAAAGUCUCUGGUACGGUUUAUAGUGGGGAAGAAAGACUGACACAGCUGCUUGUAAAGGUUUAUGGUGAGUUUGCAUGGAGUAACCCUCUGCAUCCUGAGAUUUUCCCUGGCGUACGCAAAAUGGAAGCAGAAGUAGUAAGGAUGACAUGUACACUAUUUAAUGGCGGCCCAGCAUCUUGUGGAACUAUUACGUCAGGUGGGACUGAGAGUAUCCUGAUGGCCUGCAAAGCUUACCGAGAUCUGGCUUAUGAGAAGGGGAUCAAGCACCCAGAAAUUCUGGCGCCUUUGAGCGCACAUGCGGCUUUCGAUAAAGCAGCCCAUUACUUUGGCAUGAAGUUAGUACAUAUUCCACUGGACCCGAAGACAAUGCAGGUGGAUGUAAAGGCAAUGAAAAGAGCAAUAUCCAAGAACACAGCUAUGGUGGUCUGUUCCGCUCCUCAGUUCCCCCACGGUGUUAUUGAUCCAAUAGAGGAAGUUGCAAAGCUGGCAUUGAGAUAUCAGAUCCCGUUUCACGUUGACGCCUGUCUGGGCGGUUUCCUCAUUGUGUUUAUGAAGAAAGCCGGAUAUCCAUUAAAGCCAUUUGACUUCAGUGUAAAGGGAGUGACCAGUAUCUCUGCCGAUACGCACAAGUACGGUUAUGCACCCAAAGGAUCAUCUGUGAUUAUGUACAGUGACAAAAAUUACAGACACUACCAGUUCUUCGUUGCACCUGACUGGCAGGGAGGUAUCUACGCAUCACCUGCUGUCGCUGGCUCUCGCCCUGGGGGUAUAAUUGCUGCAUGUUGGGCGACAAUGAUGCACAUUGGAGAAGAUGGGUACAUAGCAGCAACAAAGAAAAUUAUUCAAGCGGCACGGUUUAUUGAAACAGAGUUGCAUAAGAUCAAGGAUAUAUUGAUUUUUGGGAACCCUGAGGUCUCUGUCAUAGCUAUAGGGUCACAAGUGUUUGAUAUUUUCCGUUUAUCCAACUCUUUGACAGCGAAGGGCUGGAACCUCAACACACUCCAGUUUCCAUCUAGUAUCCAUAUCUGUCUUACGUUGUUGCACACAAAACCUGGAGUUGCACAAGAGUUUGUGAAAGAUGUCAAAGAAUCGGUUACAGAGAUCAUGAAAGACCCUGGAGCCAAAACAACUGGGAUGGGAGCUAUUUAUGGCAUGGCACAAACUAUUCCUGACCGUUCCAUGGUGACAGAAAUUUCCCAGGCGUUCCUGGACUGCCUGUAUACCACAGAAGUCCCUUCUACUGCCAAACAAAUAAAUGGUUCGACAGGACAGCAUUAGGCUUCCAAUGCCUUCCUUUCAGCGGUACUCUCCAGGACAGCUCUGCAGAGACUGAGCAUCAGGGACUUGUGUCUUAAAGUUACUGUUUUUAUAUAUUUCUAGGGCUUUAAAGGGAUACUGAUUUGCCUCUUAGCGACUGGUUCAGUGCGUCGGUUAACUGCUUGACCUGCCCUAUAAUCUUGCACUAACCAGUGUCUGUAUAUUAUGGGUAUCCUUUUUAUAGUCCAGGAAAAUGUUUAAUUUAUUAGUAACAGACGUUCUAGAGAUGAAACAUUCCACGUUUUAAGACUUUAUUCCUGCUGCUAUGCACUUAGAUACCACUCAUAUAUAUAUAUCACCAUGUAAAAGGCCAGAUCUCCAAAGGUACAUGCUAAAUUCUGGUCAGGGUCUGUUCUUAUGUUUUCAAUUUUUUUGUCUCAAUUUCUUGUGUUUUCGAGUUUUGUUGUUAGGCUGCAAGUAAACAGAACUUAAUUUACCUCUCUCAGAUUAUAAUUGUGUUAUGCACAAACCUGUACGUUUGUAAAAAUCAGUGUUGACUGGCACAGGUAUUUUUGUAGCUGUUCACUGUGUUAUCAGAUAUUAACAUUUUCCCCAACUUUUAUACGUUAAAGGGAAAUGGUGCUUAAACUGAAUUUGUUUUAAAGCUGUUUGUUUUUUAACCAGUUUAAUUACUAAACACACCACCUUAUGUAUGGGCGCUUUAGAAUUAAUAGUGUCUAAUUAAAACUUUAUUAAUGACCCAUCUGAUAAGCCUUUUCUUUACUAGAGUAUCUGAAAUAAUUGUAUCCCAUUCUAGAACGAAAAUGCCUGUUUUAUCCCAAUUGCAUUCAUUUUUUACUAUAAAUUAUUACAAAUAGGUUUUAGCCACUGAUAUUAUGCCAUAUGUUUUGAAGCUAAAAACAAAAUGACUACUGAUUAAAUGUUCAAGCGACUUAAACGUCUCUAAACUAUAAAUAAAUACUAAAGCCAUUUAACAGUUUAAUAUGGGUGCUAAGCUUUACUGAUUCACCAAGAUAUAGAGAGACAAACUGCCUAAGUUCUUGGUUUUUAGUAGUUUAUAGCUCUAAUUUUUAAUUUGACUAACAAAAUCUGUCUCCAUGAAGUAAUUGGUACUGUGAGAUUGUUCUGUUGGUCACUUGCUACGCUCCUAGAUCCAGAAUACAUGUGAGGGGCAGUUGUGACAUCCAUAUGAUAACAGAGUAAUUAUUCUAGGCUGUCAAUCUUGUAGAAAGCUGUGACGUUUAUAUACACGGGGAGGUUAAAAUAUAGAAAUGUUAGGUUUUGGUUAUUUUUUUAUAAAGAAGGAUGGACCUAUAUACAAAUAUGCUUACCAGGAUAUUAAACGGUAUUAUUAAGCCCCUUACAAUACACAUUACUCAGUUUAUCCUGUGAAUAAAUGUUCAAAUCACUAGGGCUAGCUAGGUCAGCCUAUAAAAGGAACGAUUGGUUUCUACAGUGUCGUUAGCACUUUUGACAUACCCCAAUAUUCGGCUUUAUACUAUGCCCCCAUCUCUCCUAUAGACUCCCCUGACUUGCGUUCUCAAUGUUGCUGCUCAUAACUUGCAAAAACAUUGUUUGCUAUAGCAGUGAGGAUACUGUGUUAUUGUGAAUAAUAUUGUGCGACAGUCAGAAUUCAGCAAUCUAUACUUACAGGUAGUAGGUAUAAUUGAGCAGAAUCCGUAAGCCACUUUAAAAAGACUUUAAAUACCACUUGGUUGGGGACGAGCACAAUUUUUACACAAACUUAACAAGUGUUUAAUAUCUCUUUAAUGUAAGAAAAAGAGGGGUUAGCUUUGUAGAGUAGGGCCUUACCAUUCUCCUACUGCACAUGUGAACCACAAUGCACAUUCAUAUUACAUCCAUAAUCACAGGGUAGUGAUUGAUUAGCAAGGUUCCUUGUAUUGUGUAGUCUGUAUUUUUUAAUUGUCACGUGUAAGAAUUUCAUAAAUGCCAACUACAGUAAUGUCACAUGCAUCUGUCACAUUUUAAAGCGAAGCAAUAAGUGAGAUCGAGUUGAGGAAAACUAAAUGAAGUGCCUUUUAUUGCCUCCUUCUUAUUAACUGUGGUAACUUUUAUUGUACUGUGAUUUACAGAAUAAAAUGGAUUGUUUUUCAGUUCUCUGCA